AGAGAGGAGAGGAGAGUACCUGUCUUACCUGUCUUCCCCCCGGCACGAUUAAGCGCAAAGCACGCGACCAGAUCUUUGCGUGUGUCGGAGAAACCCCAAAUCAAGCUGAUGGCAUCAGCGCGGCUCGCUGCGGUCCUUUUGACAGCGUGCUGCACAACUGCCACGGUGCUCUCCGCCACUCCCUGCCACGUCGAACAGGUAAGUCGCACUCAAGGCAGGCGCCAAGACAGUCACUCACGCACCUCUGCGUCUGCUCUGUUCUGUCUGCUUGGACCAGCGCCGUCGUCUCCGCGCAGUGCAGGAGGAGCGAUUGACCGAUGGCGGCCGAGGUGCCGUGAUGAAUCAAGGAGACGGGGAUCAGCGGCGAAAGCUGCAGUCCGUGCUGACGGACGAGGAAAUGGAUCGGUUGACUGGCAUAUUCAACGGCACCGACAGUUCAAGCUCAGCCUCGACUCCAGCCUACUCGACGGGCUUGGGUUACAGUCGAUGGGACUCGGGUGAGCAAAAUGACAAGAGAACGAUAGCAUGCGUCGCCGAAGCGGUCGUGUGUUUCUUUCAGGGGUUAGCAGCAGCACCGCCGGCAGCGCAAGCAGCAGUUCCGGCAGUCCUGGGACGACAGGCGGGAACACAGGAGGGUCGGGAGCAGGAGACAGCGUCAUCCCGCAGACACCCGAGCAAGGGAUAGGCCAAGGGGGCGACGAAAGCUUGGCGCCACGAUCUGAGCCCGAUCCGUAGGCGAUCACUUCGUGCUCAUGACCCAGCCAUAGUGAGAAUGUUGAUCUGACCUCCCUUGGUCAGGCACGAUCCCCCACCUCCACAGUUGGACCGCCCUGUUGUGUAAGCAUACACCUCCUGCUGACGACCCACGCAUCGUGUGAAUGUUGGUCUGACUUCUGUGGUCUCAGGGACGAUUUUCCUGGUAUUGACAACGGGAACGAUGACGGGCGGGGUGGUGGCGGCGUGAACGGUAUUGGCGACGGAGGCAACAAUGGACGUGGUACCGGCUUGGAAGACAACAAUGACAGAGGGGGUGGUCUCGGUAAUGACAGAGAUAACGGAGCAGGUGGUGUCGGUGGCGGUGGAAGUGACAGCGGCUCCGAUGGUGGGAACAGUGGGGAUUCUGGAAGUGACGGAGGUGGCGGCGGUGGCGAUGAGUGACGGCAUCGCCGGUCGUUCCUUCCUUCUUGACUACUGUAAUGCCAUGGCUGCCUCCGAAAUCCUGGAGGGAAGGCCAAUCCCAGAUGGCAGGACAAGAGUGCGUGCAGGGAGGGGUAUGCAUGCAUGCGUGGCGUCGUUGUGCCUGUCCACGUACGUUUCAUGUCUGUCUGUAUCUGUCUGUCUGUGUCUGUCUGUCUGUCUGUCGUUCUUUCUGUCUUGGCCACUCAAUGCAUGACCAAUCAAGCCAGUACCGUCAUGUGUAGGAAGGGUUUCGCCAACCAAUCUGUGCACGUGUGUCUUUGUAAUGCUAAUACAUUGUCCCAUUUCUCUCUCUCUCUCUCUCUCUGAGUGUGUGUGUGUGUGUGUGUGUGCAGGGGUGUUUAAGCCCCGCAGGCAUUUUAUCAGAACGGUCUGGUGCUCUUUGCAUCACGAUUUACCUGGUAGAGUCCCUAGCGAGUCUGCUGCGUGUGUGCGGCAGUGUCUGUUCGCCGGCUGAGUGACGGCUGGCAUGCGUGUGCGUCGGACACAUGCAUUUAGCAAGGAUGGGCGGGAAGCGAACAGUGCAGAUGGGGGUGAUGACUGUCUACGCGGGUUUCCCAUAUGAAUGCGAACAGACCAAUCGCUUGUGCAGAUUUACUUAAUGCAAGUCUUCCU